AUGGUAUCGCUAACUGAAGCGUUUCUGUCACUUCUGUGCCUCACAGGCACAGUUGUGGCCAGGUACUCUAACAUAAGUUCUACCACUGUUUCCGCUGUGCCCAAGACCACACCAACCGCUUUUUUUUCGUCGGUACACUUACUAGACUCGUAUACAGGAACCACUGUGUCGAAUGACAAGGAACACUGGUUUGUGAUCGAGGCAGAACUUUACAUAUCAGCCGACUUCGAUGGCGAGCUUCAUUUGACUGCGCCUGAGAGCUUUCAAGGGUUUCCAAUAGAUUCUUUUGACCUUUUAGACAAUACAACCACUGUGGGAACAGUCUCUUGGAAUUCGUCCAACGUCCUUACAAUUAGACCCGACCGUUCGAGUACUGACCAUUCUGCUGUAUUCAAUGUGCUCACAAAGCUCUCCAGUGAAAUCAAAGAAUCUAUCACUGGUCCUGCCGUUAAAUCCUUUGAGUUUCAGCAGUCACCCGGGGGCUCCGUUAUCGAAACAAUUGACUUUAUCGCCCAGGAUUUGUCCGAAUCUAACACAAACGCUUUGGUCGACGGAGACAAUCGAAUCACUUAUUCUGUCAAUAUCCCAUUUAGCGAAUAUCCAGGUGCUUUGAACUUUGCUGCAACCUUCUCCGGUGCUGAAUCCCACUCAUUUGACCCUUCCUUAACUAUGGUUAGAGUCGUCGUUGAUGUCGAUGAAUUCAAUAAACCUACAAAAGUGGUGAACGUAACAGCCUUCCAAGACUUUUCUGAUGCGAACUCGAUCAACUUGCAAUUGAAUUCUCAAAUAAGUGGUGGGGAGUACCUUCAGAUUAUAUAUGCCACUACUUCCAGAAUCAAAUCAACUUCAGUGGACACUGUAGCCACGCUGAACUAUCCAUCUCUCUCAACCUACAAGAGGGAUAUAUCUAUCAUGUUUGAGGAUCACGUUGCUCUCAGAUCUGCCUCAAACGUUGAAGACUUUGGAGAAGAUGUCACAGUGGUGACUGGUUCCAGUUCCAGUGCGUUUCCCACUAUUACCGCCGUCAAUACAACAACCUCAUCUAAUGAAGGAACAACGAUUGCAUUGACCCAAACUUCGUCAGAUGUUGGCACUGUGGCAAAUACCACACAUAACGUCGCUGGUAGCACCUCCGAACAUUUCACCGUUGUUCCAGCCUCAAGCGCAAUCAGUUCAGAGCAGCAAUCAAUGGCCACGAUUCCAGCUAAUAGUUCAAUGAUUCCAUCCCAAUCAGUCGCCAGCAGCACGUCCUCUUCGCAGAGCACCAUCAUAACAGGAGGGCCAUCCUCGAACUUGCCAACUUCAAAUUCCCCUCUGAAUUCCAGCUCCACGGUAAGGAGCACUCCCUCCAAUAACAAUGGCGUAGUUCUGACUUACACAGUUGUCACACGUACCGAUAAUGGAGAAUAUGAGGUGUACACGAGCUUCUUCCCUAUAACAACUCUAUCAUCAUCGCCUAGCGCAGACCCUAUGAGCAAUGGAACCAAAGUUCAUUAUACAGUCAACUCAACCUCAACCGCAACUAAUUCAAUACCUACACACACAGUGUUGACUAAAACUGUUAGUGGCGAGGUUACUGUUUACACCUCCCUCGUGCCCAUUGCGACAUUGAGUAAUAGCACCAUGAGCAAAAAGUCGAUGGUGACUAAGACCAGUGAUGAAGAAGCUUCUGAGUCAACCACUUCAACUACUGAUGUCGAUGGGACCACUACAACUCUCGCCAGUGUCAAAGGCCACAGCACUUCUUCUAAAAGCACCGGCGCUCACCACUCCAGCGAAAAUGAGAUGACAGGUAAGACGGACGCCACCGAGGUCAGUUCUCAAAGUGAAUCUAGUAGCCAAUCUUCUCCUACUGUAUCAGUUUCUGAUUUGAGCAAGACAGAAACUAAGGAAAGCAAGGUUACCGGGUAUCAAACUAAGGUCUACGAAACAAAUGCCGUUUUUACUACGACCAGGGAUGGAAGAGUUAUCGAAUAUACAAAAUGGUAUCCAGUUACGACUCUAGCAGCCGACAACAGAGGCUCUGUUGAGUCAUCUACUGGAAUUGAAUCGACUAGGCCAACAUCUCCAACUGAAUCAUAUCCCGUCUCAAGCAAGACAGGAACUGAAUCUGCCAAGGUUACUGAAUACGAGACAAGGGUCUUUAAAACUAGUACCGUCGUUACUACUACUAGUGAUGGUAUAGUUCUUCAGUAUACUACAUGGUUCCCAAUCACAACCCUCGCCCCGAUUUCCAACACUAGUGUUCGUAACCACUUUACUUACUCGAAUGAUUCGCUUUACGUUACUAGUCAAGACACACCUUUUUCGGCAGUUUCGGGAAGUAAAAGUGGCAAGCUUACUCAAGCCACGAGCCCUACCUCUAUGGCGUCCCAUGGGGCCGAACACGUCAAAUAUUCGGGUCUGGGUGCAAAGGUUCACAACAGUACACUCACUAGAGGAGCUCAAAUAACUGCUGCCCUAAGCAAGUCGCAUCAUUCGAAAUCACAGAAUUUUGAGAGCUCCACCUUUACUUCCUUGAGCCCAAGCUCGAAGUAUCAAAACGAAACUGAUAGCACGCGCACCAAAUACUCAUCUACCGUCACCAUUGGCACUGCUGGCUAUUAUCCCUCUUCUUCUUUCGUAGUUAUGAACACUACGACAGUAUCACUUUCGACCAAGGUCAGGUCCUCAGCCAUGGUACUAGCUUCUGUGCAGGGUGAAGUUGUUUCUACUUCUGAGCGUUUCCUAGGCUCUUCUCGUGUGUCAGAACCCUCUGCUGACGCUAGAGCUGUUACGUCUUCCGUGGCUAGCUCGUAUUCCGGAAUUGCCAGUCAAGUGUCUGCUGAGCUAAACUCCGAGACUUCAGUAGAUUUUGCGACUCGUACGAGUGUCAAAUAUUCACAAGCCAAUGCACCCUCUUCCAAGGUACUAACAUACUCGGAAGCAUCAGUAUACUCACAAGCCAGUGCUCCUUCCUCGAAGGUAGUAGCAUUUUCACAAGUCAGUGCGUCAAGAGUAUUGUUGAACCCAAGCGGAUCCGUGGUCACCGAGGUUCCAAUUGCAUCAGCUUCGAAAACAACUUUAGGACAUUCAGCGCUUGCAGUUUCUUCAAGUCAGGUCAUGCAAGCUCAAUCUAGCGCUGUUGUUUCAUCGUCGUCACUGGCUCUUUAUGUAUUUGACGGCGGCGCCCGUCAAAUGCAAAGUGGCAUACUUGGGCUAUUAUUAGGUAUGCUCGCGUGUUUGGUAUGA